UUUUAAAGAUAAUUGACAGCAGACUAAGAAAAAGCCUACUAGGUGUGUCAGAUGGAAAAUUUAGCUGUGAGGGCACAAGAAAUCCCAAAUGAGACAGCAGUUCUUGCGCUGUGUCAUCAAAAAUUAUUACAAGCAACAAAAAGAUGAUUUUUCGGCUAAUUUUGUGUGUUGCUGGGAUAUUACUUCUUAACAUAGCAGGCUGUCUCUGUCAGUUAAAUGUGUGUGGCCAAGCUCCUUUCAACAACAAGAUUGUUGGAGGGGAGGAAGCGAGCACAGGGUCUUGGCCUUGGCAGGCCAGUAUUCGGUUAAUCGGUGGAGGUCAUUUCUGUGGUGGUAGUCUCAUCAAUAAAGACUGGGUCUUAUCUGCAGCUCACUGCUUCCAGAGCGUCAGCUACGGUGCAAGUUAUAUUUCCGUCUCUUUGGGACGUCAGACCUUAUCAGGCUCAAACCCAGAUGCAAUAACUAAGACAGUAAGUCAAGUCAUCACUCAUUCCGGCUACAACUCAAAUACUGAAAACAACGACAUAGCUCUCGUAAAGCUCUCGUCUUCUGUGACUUUCACCGAUUACAUACGGCCUGUCUGUCUGGCUGCUAGUGGUAGCACACUUGAUGCAGGUGCUAAGACCUGGAUCACAGGAUGGGGAAGACUCCAUGCAGGAGAUUCUUCGCUUCCAAACACACUGCAGGAGGUACAGAUACCGAUUGUGAACAACACUGAUUGUAAUAAGGCUUAUGGUAUUAUUACAAGCAACAUGCUGUGUGCUGGUCUUACCUCGGGGGGUAAAGAUUCAUGUCAGGGAGACUCUGGAGGUCCAAUGGUCUAUAAGAACGACUCCCUAUGGAUUCAGUCUGGAAUUGUGAGUUUCGGGAAAAGCUGCGCUGCAGCCGGCUUUCCUGGUGUGUACACCAGAGUGUCUCAAUACCAGUCUUGGAUCAACUCUUACACAAGCAGCGAUCCGCCUGGAUUCGUCCAAUUUUAUGCAACCGGUGGUUCAUCUAACCUUCACCACUAUCUUCCUCACACAUUCUUCAUCUUCUUACUGUAUCUCGUUUUCUAAAAUUAUAUAAGAAGAUAAUACAGAUAAGGGAGGAGAAUUUGCAAUGUGCACUCCUAUAAAUGUGAAGGUUUUAAUCUGGUUGUUUAUUUGUUUCAUACCAAUACUGAGGCACUUUAAAACAUAAUUAUAGGCAAAUGUGAGUUUAUUAAGUUUAACAUUAACACAAUUCAUCUACAUUUUUUUAAUCACAAGCACAGUCUCUUUAUUAACAUUUUAUUUCUGUGAUUUAACUUAUGGUGGUUAUGUUGACUGAUUGUGAAUUUCAUUUAAACCAUUAAGAGCUCUAGUAGAGAAACACAACACAAGAUCCACUGCAAAUGCACACCAGUCAUAACAUUUACUUUUAUUUGUUAAUUACUUUGAUCCAAAGACAUUUAUAAAUGAGAAAGCAUUAAACCAACAAUAAGCAACCAAAUUGCACACUGAAAUAAACAAAUGUAUAAAGCUGUG